AUGGCGGCACAACAGUUCUACAUCGACGUUGAAGCUGGAUCCGAUGAGAACCCAGGAACCGAGGAACAACCAUUGGCCACUUUGGUUCAGGCCAUGCUUAUCUCGAAAAACACUGGAUCGUAUCAUAUGAAGACAAAGGCAGAAGGAGGUGAUGAGAGUUGGGAGCCAGUCUCAAAAGCUGCUCUCAAGAAAUCCGCCAAGAAGUAUGAGGCUGAAUUGAAGAAACUAGAAAAAGCGGCAGUGAGAGAAAAAGAAGCAGAACACGCCCAAGAAGCUCAUGAUGCUGCUAUCGAAGCCGCCAGAGCAAUCACCUUCACUCGCGAUGAAUCUCUUCCGGAAGCCAAAACUAUCAAAAUCGGACAAGCUACUGCUCAUCGUGAUCAGCGUGUAACCAUUAAGGCCUGGGUGCAUCGUCUUCGCCGCCAAGGAAAGUCUCUGAUGUUCCUUAUCCUUCGAGAUGGAUACGGAUUCCUUCAAUGCGUUCUCAACGACAAACUCUGUCAAAGUUAUGACGCAGUGACUCUCUCAACAGAGUCGUCUGUUCAAGUCUAUGGAGUUAUCAGAGCUGUUCCAAAUGGAAAAGAUGCUCCAGAUGGCCACGAGCUCACUGUGGACUACUGGGAGCUUAUUGGAGGAUCACCAGCCGGUGGAAUCGACAACGUUCUCAACAAGGACGCUGGAGUAGAUGUCAUGCUCGACAACCGCCAUCUCGUAAUCCGUGGAGAGAACGCUUCGAGGAUUCUCAGAAUCCGAGCUGCUGCCACUCGUGCCAUGAGAGAUCACUUUUUCGCUGCCAGCUACACUGAAGUGGCACCACCAACUCUGGUCCAAACUCAAGUUGAAGGAGGAUCCACGUUAUUCGGACUUGAUUACUAUGGAGAGCCCGCUUAUCUGACACAAUCCUCUCAACUUUAUCUGGAGACUUGCAACGCUGCUCUUGGAGACGUCUACUGUAUUGCUCAAUCAUACAGGGCUGAGAAAUCUCGUACUCGUCGUCAUCUCUCCGAAUACCAACACGUGGAAGCUGAAUGCGCUUUCAUCACUUUCGAUCAACUCAUGGAUCGUAUCGAAAGUCUUGUUUGUGACACUGUCGAUCGUCUUCUCGCUGAUCCAGUGACCGCUGGAUUGAUCCAAUUCGUCAACCCUGGAUAUACAGCACCAGUUCGUCCAUUCAGAAGAAUGCAAUACAAGGAGGCGAUCGCUUGGCUUCAGGAGAACGAUGUGCGCAACGAGAACGGAGAGAAGUUCGUAUAUGGAGAAGAUAUUGCUGAGGCUGCUGAAAGAAAGAUGACCGACACGAUUGGAGUGGUUAGUAUAUUAUUCUUAUACGAAAAAAAAAUCAGAGCUCCAAUCCUUCUCAACCGGUUCCCAGCUGGAAUCAAGGCCUUCUAUAUGCCACGUUGUGAAGACGACAAAGAUCUCACUGAAUCUGUGGAUCUCUUAAUGCCAGGAGUCGGUGAGAUCGUCGGAGGAUCGAUGCGUAUCUGGAAGGAAGAUGAGAUGCUCGCCGCGUUCGAACGUGCUGGACUCAGUCCAACCAACUAUUUCUGGUACAUGGACCAGCGGAAAUACGGAAGCGUUCCACAUGGAGGAUACGGAUUGGGACUCGAGCGAUUCAUCUGCUGGCUCACCGGCACCAACCACAUUCGUGACGUCUGUCUGUACCCACGAUUUGUCGGCAGAUGUGCUCCAUAA